AUGACUGUUGGAAGUCGUCCAAACAAAGGUGAAGACAAAGAUGAAGAUGACGAUGAAGACGAAGAAAAGUUUGUGGUGGUCGGUAACAACCAUGGCUCCGAUGGCCAUUUGUGCUCAGCAGAUGUCUCCGGCGACGGCAACGGCAACGGCAACAACAACACUAUUAAUGGAUUCAUCGAUUGCUUUGGUGGAUCACCUUCUUUGGCACCUCCUCAUCUUCGUCCUCCUAACAUUCCUAUCUUGUCAGCUCAGUACUAUAAUGGAAAUAAAUUAUGUCUUGCCCCCUCCAAACCAAUUGUCAAUGUGAGCCCAAUGAGAGCCUCCCAGCAACCCAACUUCACUGAACCGCACUCCGGUGAUAGCUCUGAGAUUGUAAAGAGAUGUGCAUUCUGUGGGAAGACUGAAACACCGUUGUGGCGUAAUGGCCCAAAUGGUCGCAAGACCCUUUGUAAUGCUUGCGGCAUUCGUUUUAAGAAGCAAGAGAAGAAAGCUCAGAGGAUCUCAGAGCCCUACUUGAGUCCCAAACCGAAAUUCUGA